AUGGCCCGCGUCCUCAUCUUCGGCGCCGGCGCCAUCGGCUCCGUCUACACCUGGGUCCUGACGCGCGCCGGCGCCCAGGUCACCUGCGUGUGCCGCAGCAACUACGAGCACGUCCGCGAGCACGGCUUCGCCCUCGACAGCGACGUCUUCGGCCAAGCCCUGCGCGUGCGCCCGACCGUCGUCGACCGCGUCGAAGCCCCGCCCGUCGACGCGCCCUGGGACUUCAUCCUCGUCUGCAGCAAGGCCUUCCCCAACGCCGAGCCCAGCACGCCGUCGCUCGUCGCCCCGGCCGUCGCGAGCCCACGCACCGCCAUCGUGCUGAUUCAGAACGGCAUCGGCAUCGAGGACGAAUGGCACGCCGCCUUCCCGCAAAACCCCGUCCUUUCGGGCGUCGUCUACCUGCCCGCUGCCCAGACAACGCCUGGCGUCGUGCGCAUGGGCAACCUCGAGCGCCUCGAGGUCGGCGCCUUUCCGGCGACGUCGGUUGCUGAGGCGACGCAGCUGGGCGAGUUCAUGGAGCUGGUCCAGCGCGGCGGCGCCACCAUCCUCGUCUACGACGACAUCCAGCCGCGCCGCUGGAGCAAGAUGCUCGUCAACGCCGCCACCUGGGACCCGGCCACCGUCCUCGCCGCCGUCGCGCCCUCCAGCCCCUUUCAGAGCGCCAACGCCAGCGAAUACGGGCCCGACUUCGUCUGGCACAUCAUGCAGGAGAUCGUCAAGAUCGCCCAGGCUUGCGGCUACGCCGAGAUCACCGAGGACGAGGCCCGCCACCAGCUCGCACGCGCCCACGCCCACGCCGGCUCCCCCGAGGCCAUCCGCGCCGGCGGCAGCAUGCUCGCCGACGUCAAGGCCGGCAAGCCCCUCGAGGUCGAGGCCCUGGUCGGCAACGCAAUCAAGAUUGCGGAACAAAAGGGCGUCGACGUACCGAACCUCAACUCCCUGUACGCGCUGGCGAAAGGACUGGACAAGGACGUGGCACGAAGGCAUAGCGUAUAG